AUGAGCGCCUACAACGUGUCGCUGCCCGGCCCCGGACCCUGGGGCUUCAGGCUGCAGGGGGGGAAAGACUUCAACAUGCCUCUGACCAUCUCCAGGAUCACUCCGGGCAGCAAGGCGGCGCAGGGUAACCUGGUCCAGGGUGAUGUCAUUGUCGCCAUCGAUGGCGUCGGCACCGACGGGAUGACUCACCUGGAGGCGCAGAACAAGAUCAAGAUGGCAAACUACAACCUGGCGCUCACCAUGUCCAAGUCGAAGCGUCCGGCCAUGAUGGCGACACCGAGAAUCGACACUGGCAUUCCCACAAUCCCUCACCAGCAGCCUCAGGUGAACGGCCGCCUGUCGGCCUGCAGUGCCUCCUCCGGGCCUGCAGAGGCAGCAGCGAGCCCCACUCCGAAGAAGCAGUAUAACUGUCCCAUCGGCCUUUACUCAGAGGAGACUCUGAGGGAGAUGGCAGCGAUUCAGUCGGGCCAACCUGCUGGUUCUCUCCCAGUUAAAGACGGGUUAGUAGACAGCGCCUCGGCCGUCUAUCAGGCCGUCCAGAGCGCAGAGAAGGACCUCGAGUGGAGCCGCCGCAGCGCCAACAUGCAGUCCAAAUCCUUCCAGGCGCUGGCUCACAUGACCGGGACCGACUCCUUAACAGAGGAGGAGAAGGAGGAGGUGCUGAUGAGGAGCAGCCUGAAGCGACAGUCUGCCGCUGGCUACGGCUUCCAGCGCAAAGCUACGGUCUCCAGCCAAUACAUUCAGCCUCCUGCCAUGCAUCAGCAGCCCCCCCCACAGCACUACCAGCAGCCCCCCACGCAGCACUACCAGCAGCCCCCCAUGCAGCAGGCCCCCCCCACCCAGCAGAGCUCCAUUCAGAUUCCCGUCGGCUCCGCCCCCCCUCCCAAGGUGGUCAGCACGGCCUGCAUCUACCCCUCCCAGCCAGCUCCGGCUCAGGCUCCAGCUCCAGCCCCCCAGCCCCGCCCUGCAGCCGCCGCCCCCCCAGCCCCUCCCGCGGCCCCGGCUGCCGGCGACUCCUCUAACCGCCCCCCGUGGGUGACCGACACCAACUUCGCCGAUAAGUACGACCCCGGCAAGAUGACUUCCACCUCUAUAAAGAUGCAGCCGCUGCCCCAGGGCGCCCCCCCUCCCCCUGCAUACAUCCCCAACCAUGCCGCCCCCAACCCCAACCCCGCCCACCCAAUGCACAACCCCUCCCACCCCACUCCCAGCCCCGCCCCCGUCACCCCCAGUCCUGCCCCGUUCCCUCCUGUAGCGAGGGGCGUGGCUCAGAGGGCGGAGAGGUUUGCAGGCGGCAGCCGUACCCCUCUGUGUGGAGCCUGCAACAACAUCAUCAGGGGCCCCUUCCUGGUGGCCCUGGGCCGCUCCUGGCACCCGGAGGAGUUUAACUGCCACUACUGUAACAUGUCUCUGGCUGACUCCAGCUUCGUGGAGGAACAGAACAGCGUUUACUGCGAGAACUGCUACGAGGAGUUCUUCGCCCCAACCUGCGCCCGCUGCAACACCAAGAUCAUGGGGGAAGUGAUGCACGCUCUGCGGCAGACAUGGCACACCACCUGCUUCGUGUGCGCGGCCUGCGGUAAAGCCUUCGGAAACAGCCUGUUCCACAUGGAGGACGGAGAGCCGUACUGUGAGAAAGAUUACAUCUCACUGUUCAGCACUAAGUGUCAUGGCUGCGACUUCCCAGUUGAAGCUGGUGAUAAGUUCAUUGAGGCUCUGGGUCACACCUGGCACGACACCUGCUUCGUCUGUGCGGUUUGCCAUGUGAACCUUGAGGGCCAACCUUUCUACUCAAAGAAAGACAAACCUCUGUGCAAGAAGCACGCUCACGCCAUCAACGUGUAGACCCGCCCCCCUAACAGGAUGAGGGGGGGGGG